GGCAUGUGCCAUGCUAGGCCGUGUGUGCUGCAUAGGCUAACCUCCAACCCCAGGAUCUGGCUUAGGCACCAGCGGAAUGGCAUUGACUGCACCCGAGUUCCCAUGGGAUGAUAUAAGAAUGUGAUCUAGCCGGUACAUUGCGACAUAGUCCUUUCGUUUGCCCCCAUACUUAACGGUAAUUGAAAAACCGCGCGCAGAAAGCACUAUCGCGAUGCGUGCCACGGUCGUCCUCUUCCUCCUCGCGGCAACCGCAUCCGCAAACAUCACGACCUCUUACUUCCUCCCCAACGUCAGCUAUGGUACAAACAGGCUCCGCUUCGUCGCCUCCGUCAUCAACGCAUCCAGCGACCUCGUAACGCUCUCCGUGGACCUGGACAAUGACCCGGACUACAGCGAAUUCGGAAUAAAGCAGGGCAACUGGACGAUGGGUUCCACAAUGUUCGAAUAUUCGACCUCAGCACUGAUGUACGGUCCGUCGAUAUCGGAUGGGGGUUACGCGUACAGUCUCAGAUGCGACAUCCCCGCCUCAUCGGCAGUGUGCACCGUCACCCGCGGGCCUGACCUUGUGCGGCCUAGCUGUCGAUUGGCGAACCGGACCAACAUCGGCAUACCUUCCGAGGAGAGGAAGUAUACGCAACUGUAUUCGUUCAGCGACACCGAUUCCGUGGGUGUCGAGACCAUCGUGAGGACUUUUCCAGGUUUUUCUUCGCGGCCUAAUCCGGAGUGGUGCGGUACCGAGACUGACAUACGGAACAUCUCAGUCCCUAGCAGCGCAUUAGUGGAGACGUAUCCGCAAGCUAGGAGUGAUUUCAAUGCAUACCAAUUCAUUAUCACGGCCGGCGAGGAGAAGCUGCCGAAAGCGACCACGGGCGGAGCGGCCAGCACGGGAAGCCUGGCGCCUACAGGCACUGGUGGGGGCGGAACUGGAAGCGAGGGUGCUGCGCCGAUGAAGACAUUGGCGCCAGCGUUGGCUGGUUUGGGGGCUGCAGUCGCGUGGUUCUUGUGAGCUUGGGGUA